CCGGUAACGGUGUCGUGACCUCCACACUACCCAAGAGCACUCUUGAAAUCUUUUAAACUUCAACCUAGCAUUUCAUAUCGAUUUCAAAGUCCAGUUCAUAGUUUAUUUUCGAGUUUCUUUUGGACUGUCAUCAUGCGUCUCCAGAUUAUCCUUUGCGUAAUGGCCCCGCUCAUUUGCCCAUAUCUGGUCGCUGAGGCGCGGAUAACAAGACGCUUCGCCAUCGGCUGCCCGGAGAAGUGCGACAAGUCGCAGUGCGCGCCGAUCCCCGCUGACUGCUUGGCCGGGGACGUGCUGGACCGCUGCGACUGCUGCCCGGUGUGCGCGUCCGGCGAGGGCGAGCAGUGCGGCGGCACCGGAGACCACGAGUGCGCCGAGGGGAUGGAGUGUGUUGUGACCGACGGCGUGGAGGUGUCCGCCACAGUCAGGCGGAGGGGCAAGGCCGGUGUGUGCGCGUGCACCAGCACCGAGCCCGUGUGCGGCAGCGACGGCGUCUCGUACCGGAACAUCUGCGAGCUGAAGCGCGUCAGCAACCGGGCGAUGAAACUGCAGCAGCCGCCGGUGAUUUUCAUCCAGAGAGGCGCCUGUGGGAAAGGUCAGCAGAACCCUGACAGUCUUCGUUACAAGUACAACUUCAUCGCUGACGUGGUGGAGAAGAUCGCACCUGCUGUUGUUCAUAUUGAACUGUACCGCAAGAUGAUAUUUUCUAAGCGGGAGGUGGCAGUAGCCAGCGGCUCAGGGUUUGUUGUGUCAGAGGACGGACUCAUUGUCACCAACGCCCACGUGGUGGCUAACAAGCAACGAGUAAAGGUGGAGCUGAAGAGCGGAGCCACAUUCGACGCCAAGAUCAAAGACGUGGAUGAGAAGGCCGACAUCGCUCUGAUCAAGAUCGAUGCACCGGUGAGCAUGCCGGUGUUGCUGCUCGGCCGGUCGGCGGACCUGCGUCCUGGCGAAUUCGUGGUCGCCAUAGGAAGCCCGUUCUCCCUGCAGAACACCGUCACCACCGGCAUAGUCAGCACCACCCAGAGGGGAGGCAAGGAGCUGGGCCUCCGCAACUCUGACAUGGACUACAUCCAGACAGACGCCAUCAUUAAUUAUGGCAACUCCGGAGGACCACUAGUCAAUCUGGAUGGAGAGGUGAUUGGCAUCAACACUCUGAAGGUCACAGCGGGAAUCUCCUUCGCCAUUCCCUCAGACAAGAUCAGACAAUUCCUGGCAGAGUCACACGACAGACAGGCCAAAGGUAAAACAUUCCAGAAGAAGAAAUACAUCGGCGUUAGAAUGAUGAGUCUCACUUCAACGCUGGCUAAGGAGCUGAAGGAGAGGCACUCAGACUUCCCAGAUGUCACCUCCGGGGCGUAUGUCAUGGAGGUCAUCAGCCGAACUCCAGCUGAAGCAGCUGGCCUGCAGGAGGGCGAUGUCAUCAUCAGCAUCAAUGGCGAGCAAGUCACCUCAGCCAGUGAUGUCAGCGCUGCCAUAAAGCGGGACGACACGCUGCGAACAGUGGUGAGGCGAGGCAACGAGGACGUCAUGCUCACCAUCGUCCCCGAGGAGGUUGAGCCUUGACCUCUCAGAACUCAACCACCCAACCCGUCAACCAAUCCCGAGCUGGCUCUCAGUGUUUUUCAACCAAUCAUGAACACUUUGAAAAACCUAGCAACCAAUAGGGGUGUGUUUGUCUGGGGCCACACCUACUGUGUUUAAGAACUUGUAAUUAUUAGUAAUACUCUUCCAAGGUGUUAUGCUCACACACACCUUCAGAGGUCCAACUUCAUAACGCUGGGAACUCAAGCUUCAACCCUGUCAUCAUACGUCUCAUGUUAGUUUUAAUAUUUCCUCUAAUCCCAAUUUACUUUCCAUCAUCACUGACCUUUUAUAUUCUACUAACAACGCCUAUCACUACAAAACGGUUACUG